AUGCCAGACUACUGCAACGGUGUAUCGCAGCGGAAGGCUUCCGAUGUCAAAUCAUACCACGCAGUUACCGCCCGAACUGACAAGACGACAGGUGUGCUCACUUCACAUGUAAUUUCGCCAUCCCAAAUCCUCGACGGCGGGACCGUACGAUCCAACGGCAUUACAAUGGUCGGAGUCAUCAACCAUGCUCGAUAUAUCAAUGCCAACUCCAAGAAGAUUACUAUUGUAGUGCUUAGCCUCGCAAGCCGCGCACGUCCCCAACUGCUAUAUCCAGACCUGUCGCUAACUCGGUUGUCGGUCCAACAGAACAGAGAUGGCCGCAGGACUCCGCAGAAGAGAAUCGGACCGCCUAUCACUUGGUCGCUAGAGGUCUCGACAACCAGAUCAUCGACCGACGCCCCUGUCCGAGUCGGCAUUCAACGGCUGUUCAGUCUGCGCCCUGGCGCUGAGGGAAUCUGA